AUGGACGUCGACGUGCAGCCUAGGGCUUCCACAUCUACUCGACCUGGCACCACAGGUCGAACAACGACAAACUUCGCCGUCGCCGAUCUGGACGGCGAUGCAGACGACGCGCAUCCCGUGGCACAGCUAACACGACACUGGAUGAAUGAACGACACGCGCCGGACAUCCUCCCCGCCCAAGUCGAGUUGCUGAACACCGUCCUGGAUCACAUACGACGGCAGUCGUCCGCCGUCCUCGCGCUACGAGCCGAUCCCGACCCCUCAGACACCGACCACGCCCGCCUCACCCUCGUCCAGACCGACAUCGAACGGGCAAAGUUCCUCGUCCGCGCCUACGUCCGCGCGCGCCUCGCAAAAGUCGAGUCCCACGCGCGCUACAUCAUGACCCAUCCGGAGACGCAAGAGCGCAUAUCGAAAGCAGAGCUCGACCACGCACGACGGCACGCCUCCCUCACCGAUCGGCAUCUAUACCUAAGCGUACUGCAAGCGCUACCGCCCGCACAAUCCACACUGGAUGACGCACCCCUGUUCGUCCCACCCAUGGUGCACCCGCCGCCACUGCACCGGCCCGUCUUCGCGCGCGCUCGCGUCGCUUGCGGUCCUGUGCGAUUACCAGACAACACUGCUCUCCCUCUUGCAAAAGGCGACAUCUAUCUCCUACCAUAUGAAACUGUCGCACAACUGGUAGAGCGGGGAGAGGUCGACCUUGUAUAG